UGUCACCUGUAAAUGGUGGAAGUUGCCAAAAUAAUAUUUCUUCAACUUAAAAGGCUGAUCGAAUAUUAUAUUUAAAUUCACAUUGAUAUACGCACAGGAGAGAAACCAUACAUGUGUGGUCUGCGGGGCUAAUUUGUCCCAGAAAUCUUAUGUAAAGCGUCACAUAAAACUUUGUACAAGCGAGCAGCAAUACAAGUGUGUGAUCUGUGAUGUUGUUUUCUCUCUGAAACGUGAUUUACAGAUCCAAAAUCGAUAACACACAGGAGAAAAGCCAUAUAGGUGUGAGCUAUGUGAUGCAUAAUUUUCCUUGAAUUUAAAAUACACAUUUGAUUAUGCCAACGAGAGAGAAGCCAUACAAGUGUGAGAGGUGUGAUGCUUCAUUUACAUUGAAAGGCAGUUUAAAGACACAUUUGAAAAUACACACAGGAGAGAGACCAUACAAGUGUGGGAUAUGUGAUGCUGCUUUCACUUUGAAAAGUAAUUUAAAGGGACAUAAACUAAUACACACAGGUGAGAAACCAUACAAGUGUGAGAUAUGUGAUGCUGCUUUCUCUUUGAAAAGUAAUUUACAGGGGCAUAGACUAAUACACACAGGUGAGAAACCAUACAAGUGUGAGAUAUGUAAUGCUGCUUUCUCGUUCAAAAGUAAUUUACGGAGGCAUAAACGAGUACACACAGGAGAGAAACCGUAUAAGUGUGAAAUAUGUGAUGCUUCUUUCUCCUCGAAAAACAGUUUAAAGACACAUUUGAAUAUACACACAGGAGAGAAACCAUACAGGUGCGAGAUAUGUGAUGCUGCUUUUUCUCAAAAAGGUAAUUUACAGAGUCAUAAACGAAUACACACAGGAGAAAAACCAUACAGGUGUGAGAUAUGUGAUGCUGCAUUCUCGAUUAAAAGUAUUUUACAGAGGCAUAAACGAUUACACACAGUAGUGAAACCGUAUAGUUGUGGUAUAUGCGAAGCUUCCUUCUCUUUGAAAGUUAUUUUGAAGAGACAUAUGGGAAUUCACACAGGAGAGAAACCAUACAUUUGUGGGAUAUAUGAUGCUGCUUUCUCCUUGAAAAGUAGUUUAAAGGAACAUUUGAGAAUACACACAGGAGAGAAGCCAUACACGUGUGAGAUAUGUGGUGCUGCUUUUUCUCUGAAAGGUAAUUUACAGAGUCAUAAACGAAUACACACAGGAGAGAAGCCAUACACGUGUGAGAUAUGUGAUGCUGCUUUUUCUCAGAAAGGUAAUUUACAGAGUCAUAAACGAAUACACACAGGAGAGAAACCAUACAGGUGUGAGAUAUGUGAUGCUGCUUUCUCGUUUAAAAGUAUUUUACAGAGGCAUAAACGAUUACACACAGUAGUGAAACCGUAUAGUUGUGGUAUAUGCGAAGCUUUCUUCUCUUUGAAAAGUAGUUAGAAGGCACAUCGGAAUACACACAGGAGAGAAACCAUACAUUUGUGGGAUAUGUGAUGCUGCUUUCUCCUUGAAAAGUAGUUUAAAGGAACAUUUGAGAAUACACACAGGAGAGAAGCCAUACACGUGUGAGAUAUGUGGUG